GAGAAAGGAAAAAAAAGUAAGUACCGAGAAAAAACAGAUUUUUUACCCCGUUAGAGCAAUCAAGAGUAAAAAACACCUUCAAUACCAUACGUAGUAUAAAAUAAAACAAACCAAAAAAAAAAAGAAAUUGCAAAAACUAAUGGUCCUCCAUGGUCAGUCUGUCGACCGUCGCCGCGCCGGCCGCCGGCGUCGUGCCGCCGCCGCCGUCUCCGAAAACCAAGCCGGUCUCCGUAGCCGAAGCGCAUGCUCCGACCAUUGCAAGAAGGCACCUCCUCCUCGCCUCUGCUGCCUCCACGCUCCCCACGGCCACUGCCUCUGCCGCCGCCGCGGCCCCUAGCUUUUCCGAGAUCCCCGGCUCCGGCGGCGUGAAGGCCCUCGAACUCCGGGAGGGUUCAGGCGAGGUCCCGGCCGACGGCGACCAGGUUGCAAUCCAUUACUACGGCAGAUUGGCAGCGAAGCAAGGGUGGCGCUUUGACUCCACCUAUGAUCACAAGGAUGAGACCGGUGAUCCGAUGCCGUUUGUAUUCACCGUGGGGGCUGGAAAAGUUAUACCAGGUAUUGAAGCAGCAGUGAAGUCCAUGAGAGUUGGUGGUCUUCGCCGUGUGAUCAUUCCACCAUCACAGGGAUAUCAGAACACAUCACAAGAACCUAUUCCACCUAAUUUCUUUGAUCGACAGAGAUUAUUUACUACUAUAUUUAACCCAACACGCCUGGCAAAUGGUGAGGGUUCCACUCUUGGUACACUCAUCUUCGACAUCGAGCUAAUCAGCAUAAGGCAGCAUUCAUAACUGUUCAGCACUGCCAAGGCUGUAGGCUGAUCAACACCCUGAUAGAAAUGUUUUGGCACCUUGAUGGCUUUACUCUAGUGUCUCAAGGAAGCUCUGAUCAUACUUAUGUUCAAUCCCUUCUGUAAUGUGAAGAAAACAUACUGAUGUCCUCAUUCCUUGAGCAAACUAAGUGUAUAUACCAGAUUUUAUGGUACGGAAAGUACAAGCAGAAAUCAAUUAUACACAACA